AUGCCCUCGCCGACUGACGACGAAACGCCGUUCCCUGUGCUGAGCCACUCCGCGAGCCUCAGCGCUCUGGACCGCUCGCACCUGUCGCCCCACGAUGCCUUCACGUAUCCGCUGCGGCAGACCUACGACGCAGACGGCGCGGCCGAUCCGCUAUCCCAUUUGAGGCACCUGAAGAAUGACCGCAGCAGGAGCCGGAGGCGCAAGAGGGCUUGGAAGAAGCUCAUGUGGGUGAAGCAGUCGUAUCCAGACAACUACACCGAUCAGGCAACAUUUCUCGAAAACCUGCAGCGCAAUCCACGACUGAAACCCUACGACUUCUGGCCGCUGGUGGCGGACUCGACCGUCAUCCUGCAGCACGUCUGCUCCGUCAGCCUCUUCGUCGUGUGCUUCGUUGGCAUCUACCAGGAGCGCGUGUCGCCCGUGUCGCUCGUCAGCGGCAGCAGCUUCGUCACGUUUCUCGGCUGGCUGCUGUGGGAGCGAUGGGUCUCGGAGGAGAUGGCCCAGGAGGAGGACGUGAGCGCGAGCGGCAUCGGCAUCGUCGGCAUCGCGGCCUCUGCGACCAAGAGCGAGAGCAUCCGGCGCCGGGCCCGCGCAGCCAGCAUUCGCCGGCCCAUUAGGCUGCGGACGAGCCGUCCUCCCCGUCCUUCUUCCACGACCACCUCUCCUUCUUCGACCAACUCUCCGGCGUCUCCCACCUCUCCCACCUCUCCUACGUCGCCCAUAUCGCCCAUAUCACUCAAGGGGCCUUCUCAGAGUGCCACUGGCGCCGAUGGCCAGCCAUUGCUGCGCAGAGCCAGCUCAGACGUGAUACCAGACUUUGCGCCAAUCCCCAACGAGGCAAACCGCCUACACCAGCGUCUUGGAACAAUCAAGUCAGCUAUACUCAUCUACUCGACCCUCCUCGGCCUUAGCCCCAUCCUCAAAUCCCUGACGCAGUCCACGUCGAGCGACAGCAUCUGGGCCAUGUCCCUCUGGCUGCUCGCCAUCAACAUCUUCUUCUUCGACUACUCGGGCGGCGUGGGCGCAAAGUUCCCCGCCUCGCUGUCCACCAACGCGGCCCUCAUGGCGUCGACCGUGCUGGCCAGCCGCCUGCCCUCGACCAAGCAGGUGUUUUGCCUGACGCUCUUCAGCAUCGAGGUGUUUGGCCUGUUCCCCGUGUUCCGGCGCCACGUGCAGCACCGCAGCUUCCGGCAGCACGCCAUCCUCACGGCGCUGCUGAUCCUCGGGGCGGGCUGGGGCGUGGGCGUGGUGAUGCGUGAGCCCGGGCCGGCGGGCUCCUGGCCGUGGAGGCGCGGGCUCGGCGGCAUGGUGGUGAGCGUGCUGAUUGCCGCCAUUGCGACGGGCGGGUGCAGCUGGUGGCUGAUUGGGCUGCAGCGGUAUAAGAAUGAGAUUCGGGGGCCUUGGGAUCCGGCAAGGCCCAUCAUCAUGAGCAGGCAGCGGUGGGAG